AUGAAAGUGCACAUAUUCAAAGCCGUUCUCGUUGUAAUCUUUGCGAGUCAAGCCGUGAGUGGUCAUGGGUUUGGAUACUCGGAACCAAACCAGCGGCGCUGGUCCCGUCAUCAUGGUCACUGUGCCGGCAAAACGCAGUCGCCGAUCGCCAUUAGCUCAUCGCGCACCAUUCCCAUGCACAUGCCUGCCGUUGAUAUGGUGGGCUACCACAACCUACUGCCCUAUCCCCUCAAAAUGAUUAACAAUGGUCACACGGUUUCCAUUUCCAUUCCGAAGCUCACGGGCAAUGCGAGUGAGUCAGAGGGGGCUUUUCUGCCUUAUGUCCGCGGCGGCAAGUUGCCCGGCGAGUUCGAGGUUGAAGGCGUUCAUUUCCAUUGGGGUGACAAAAACAAUCGCGGCUCCGAGCAUGUCAUCAAUGACAUACGCUACACGAUGGAAAUGCAUAUUGUGCAUCGAAACAAGAAGUACCCUGACAUCGGAGAAGCUCUGAAGCAUCCCGAUGGAGCUGCUGUGCUGGGCUUUAUGUUUAAUUUGGAUGAGGACGAGGGCCUGGGUCUGGUCACGAUAAAUCGCCACUUGCAUCUAAUAGAGGAAGCCAAUAAGGAAGCUAUGCUCAAUGUGACAUUUUCGUUGUCCUCACUGAUAGCUAACGUGGAUGUAGACAAAUUUUACACAUACAAAGGUUCACUGACUACACCACCCUGCUCGGAGGCUGUCACCUGGAUACUCUUUCCGGAUCCAAUACCUAUUUCACCUAAACAGAUUUCGCGCUUCCGCCAACUGUCCGACACACAAGAUGGCGCACUUGUGGACAAUUUCCGGCAACUGCAGCCUGUGGGUAAUCGUCGUAUAUUUGCGCGCAUUGGUCACGUGCGACAUACAUCGAUCGCGGCGCUGAAGAACGAGGUCGACUAUCUCAAGUACGAUUGGUUCUACUGAGUGCGCUCUCCAUCGACGAGUGCACACUGUGCCAUGUCUCAACUGAAAUUAGCCUUAGGUACAACGCAUUGUAAAGCCCUUGCAUUUAUUUUGUAACAUUAACAUUAACACAACAGUUAGCAGAGUAAGCAGUGAGAUUUGCAAUAAAAUCUCAUCUACCAUAGGCAACUAAAAAGUA